CGGAGGAGGGGGGUCGCCUAGAGGAAUUGGGAACAGGCUGAGGCAGGGAAGGAGGAGGAUAGGGCAGGAGAGACGCCAGACAGCUCAAGUUCAUCCACGAUAGAGCCUGAACUCUAGGUCAGGCUCAGGCCAUCCUCUCUUCCCUCCUCCCGCGGAGCUUGCUCCUGAUACCCACAGUCCUCACGCACCUCCAUCCAGUCCCCUCCCUAGGAAAAGGAGCGAAGGCACGGGGAAGGCGAGAGGCGGGGAGAGGCGCUGACAAAUCAGCUGCGGGGGCGACGUGAAGGAGCCAGGGAGCCAGAGCGACCGGCAGCAGACGCCAGGAGACCAGCAGGUGCUCCCUUUGCCCCUGUCCCUCCGCCAAAAGCCUUCCAUCCUUCUUGCAUUGAAAUUAGAUUGGGAAAAAGAGCAGGAAUCAGAGUUCCGCUGAAACCUAGGGAGCUGUGUGCAGCAAAAAUACAUCUUUAGCCAUGGAUGUGUUCAUGAAAGGACUUUCAAAGGCCAAGGAGGGAGUUGUGGCUGCUGCUGAGAAAACCAAGCAGGGUGUGGCAGAGGCAGCUGGGAAGACAAAAGAGGGAGUCCUCUAUGUAGGUUCCAAAACUAAAGAGGGAGUGGUUCAUGGAGUGACAACAGUGGCUGAGAAGACCAAAGAGCAAGUAACAAAUGUUGGAGGGGCAGUGGUGACUGGUGUGACAGCAGUCGCUCAGAAGACAGUGGAGGGAGCUGGCAACAUUGCUGCUGCCACUGGGUUUGUCAAGAAAGACCAGAUGGGCAAGGGUGAAGAGGGGUACCCACAAGAAGGAAUACUGGAAGACAUGCCUGUGGAUCCUGGCAGUGAGGCUUAUGAAAUGCCUUCAGAGGAAGGCUACCAAGACUAUGAGCCUGAAGCCUAAGAAUAUCGUUGCAUCCAGUGUCCUAAGAUCUGCUGGCUGCUCUUCCAUGGUGUACAAGUGCUCAGUUCCAAUGUGCCCAGUCAUGACCUUUUCUCAAAGCUAUACAGUGUGUUUCAAAGUCUUCCAUCAGCAGUGAUCAGCAUCUUCUACCUGCCCCUCAGCAUCCCGGUGCUCCCCUCUCACUACAGUGAAUACAUGGUACCUGGGUCUUGUGUGCUGUGGAUAUUGUUGUGGCUUCACACCUAAAAUGUUAGAAGAAACUUAAAACACCUAAGUGACUACCACUUAUUUCUGAAUCUUCACCGGUUUUUGUUGUUGUUGUUGCUGUUCUUAAGAAAUUGUGAUUUGCUCUAAGAGUUUUAGGUGUCCUUAAUGAUUCCUUCUGUCUAAGAAGAAUGACGUGAUGUGAAAUUUGUUAAUAUAUAUUUUAAAAUAUGUGAGCAUGAGACUAUGCACCUAUAAAUAUUAAUUUAUGAAUUUUACCAUUUUGUGAUGUGUUUUAUUAACUUGUGUUUGUAUAUAAAUGGUGGAAAUUAAAAUAAAACAUUAUCUCAUUGCAAAAUCUU